CGAGAUCGCCAGAAAGCAACUGCAAGUGCAACAGAAUCAUUCGAUACAACCGAAAAACCAAUAGCUGAUCUGUCAGUCGACGAACCGACGAUCGCUGGUGAUAAAUCCGAACAGAAAAGUAGUGAAGCACCAACACAUGAAUUCCGAACAACUGAAGAGGACACUUUACCUCCGGAAGUGAAAGCAGCGGAUCCAUUUGCAACCACAUCUACUGAAGAAUCAAUCGGAACAGAGCAACAAGCAUCGUCGCCCAGAAGUACCACUGAAAACCCUGCCGCCGAUGAUCGGGGAACCGGCCCACGGCCUUAUCCAACACGUCUUGAAGAUGACCGAUCGAGUAGUGCUACCGGAUCCGAGCCUACUUCAACUGUUAGCGAUGAUUUGAAAACCACUGAUUCGACAAGUUUUACUGGUAACAAUGGUACCAAUAUUACUACCAGUUCUACGCCCUCAUCUUUGCCAUCAGAACAUACUACAGAAGCAAGUACCAAUGCACCAGCAGUGAGCAGUGUUUCUGAGGAAGCAGCUUCAAAUACAUCAUCGGAGAUACACAAGAAACCUGUAAUCGUUGAAGCUGAGAAAUCAAGUCAGACAGCAGCAGCCGAAUCACCGGUAGCAUAUUUUUCAAAUAUAAAAUUCCAUUUCUUUCCUCAGGUGAAAGCAGCGGAUCCAUUUGCAACCACAUCUACUGAAGAAUCAAUCGGAACAGAACAACAGGUAUCGUCGCCCAAAAGUACCACUGAAAACCCUGCCGCCGAUGAUCGAGGAAGCGGCCCACGGCCUUAUCCAACACGUCUUGAAGAUGACCGAUCGAGUCGUGCUACCGGAUCCGAGCCUGCUUCAACUGUUAGCGAUGAUUUGAAAACCACUGAUUCGACAAGUUUUACUAUCAACAAUGGUACCAAUACUACUACCAGUUCUACGCCCUCAUCUUUGCCAUCAGAACAUACUACAGAAGCGAGUACCAAUGCACCAACAGUGAGCAGUGUUUCUGAGGAAGCAGCUUCAAAUACAUCAACAGAGAUACACAAGAAACCUGUAAUCGUUGAAGCUGAGACAUCACGUCAAACAGCAGCAGCCGAAUCUCCGGAACGUGCCCAGUCAAAAGUGUGGGAAACACUGUCUUCAGCAAUCACUGAAACAACUCCAGAUGUUUUUGACACGAGCGAUGUGCCCAGUUCCACUUCGAAUGAAAAAAAUUCUGAAAUUCCAUUACUAAGUCCGGUAGCAUCACAUACAUUCAGUGCCAGAGAGGAGGUUCAGCAGACACAGUCAACGCGGACGCCACUGAACAUAAGGCCGCUGAAUAAGACUGCAAUUGGCGAAAUUACUCCAAUUGAUACGCUCUCAUCUCUUUCGGAACCGUCAACUCUUUCAGCAGAAUCAGAAUCAUCAGCAUCUGCUGUGGAAUUGGUACCAUCAAUAGCAGUAUCGGAAUCAGUCACCAAAGCGCCGCUUUCUGAACCAGUGGACGAAGCAGUAACAUCAGCACCAACUAGUGAAGUUCAAAAAUCAACAUCUUCUGGGGAUGAGAAUGCUCCAACUGUAGCUGGUGGAUCUGGUGAUGUGCAAAGCCAAGAACAGGAUCAUGGGCAUGAGCAUGAGCACGACGAUGAAAGUUUAUUUGUUGGCGAUAAAACUUUGUUCAGUCAGGAUAAUACUAUGAAAGCACUGCAAGAUUUCAGUACCACUCGUCCUGUUCCGGAAUUACUCACUCCACCCGAGGUAAGUAUUUGCCUUCAGCUUGUGGCUUUUUUCAAAUUUCAUGAAUGGCAGUACCUUAAUUGCCAUGAGGAAGCGUUCAUUGAAAAUAAUACUUUUAAUUAUUUGGAGAGUCCAAAAGUAAUUUUUCUUUUUCACUAG